AUGUGGCGGUGUUGUGGCCGAUUGCACGUUGCGUUGCUGCGGGGGCGGUGGGCCUUGACUGCUUCACCGACAGGCGUUGCAGUGCGGCUGCAUGGCGCGCCGACCGUCCCGCUCUGCGAGUGCCACGCCCAACGCCAUUGGGACAGCGGGACGAAACAGCCGCGACUGUCCUUUGGAGCCAGCAGCACCUGCUGGCCGCAGUUGGGCGGUGCGAGUGGGAUGCUUCACCGCACGGGUGUUGUGAUGGCGCCUCGAAGCGGCAUCCCCGGUGAUGGUUCCGACGCUGCAGCUCGCAGAGGAGUUGAGGAAACGCGGCGACCAAAUUGGACCAUGAGCAGCAGCGUAAAGGACAUUCUGCUGGAGGGAAGCACUCUCAGGACCGACAUGAAGCUGAACGAUUUCCUUCGGAAUUAUGUUGGCGGCAGGGCGGCCGUUGGUGAAGACCACAACGUGACGAUGCAGGUGUUUGUUCAGGAGCCGGAUGCUUACGUACAAGACCAGCGGCUUCUUAGAAUUAUUUUUAAUUUAACAGAGUACCAAGCGCUGGAGGCUAUUAAUAGGCUUCAUCACGAGGGUGUGGUUUCUCUCGAGCAAUGGAGGGACUAUGAAGGAAAGGAUACAGUCACUCCCAUUGCAAGGGGAAAAAUAAACGCUGCCCUUUCUCGGGCGCAGACAUCAACGCCCGUGGUUUUUUCAAAGGUGCUGAAGGGGUUCUACAAUUCUGUGUACAAUGCGAGUUGGAGUCAUGUGGUGAAGGUUGUUGGCGGCGAGGGGAUGGGAAUGGAGGUGAAGGAGGGGAAACCGGAACAGUCAUGGACGUACAAGGAAGUUGGCUACACUCUCGAAAAGGAUGACGGUGUGUUGCAAUCCGGUGCACCGCGUCCCAGGCUGAUGGUGCUCACUUCCGACAAGGGAUGGCCGUACACGUGGAAAAAUGAUGGACAGAAUAUUCGUGACUGCUAUGUGGACUGUGAGGUGGAGCGAGUGUGGCAGAUCGUCAAGGGCAAUCUCACCGAAUCGUUCAGCGCCUACGAAGGGUCCGACUAUAUCCCCAAGCGGCAUGUGUUGAUUGGGACGCCCGGGAUCGGGAAGUCGAUGAAUGCCGGCUCGUACCUCCUCUACCAGCUGCUGCACUACGAUGCGGAGAAGCUCCCAAUGGUUGCGUACGUUGUUGCGGAUCGAAAAUUCCUAUUUGACAAGACCACCAAAACGGUGACAAGAUACAGUGCGGCGUCUAGUAUCGUGGAUAUUUUGGACGGGUUUUCUGAUCGUGGGGUGGAGGGGUAUAUUAUCUACGAUGUGGCAAAACAGGGUCAUGAACCGCCUGAUAGUUUGCCUUGCAAGGGAUGGGGCAUGAUUGUGGUGACAUCACCGAACGAGGGCAACUUCAAAGAAUGGGAGAAACAAAGUGGAUCCGUACGAAUCGUAAUGAAUUGUCCUGAGAAAGACGAUGUAAAGGCGAUGUGCGUUUGUAUGAAGCGCAAUGAGCCAACUGUGCAAGCGGUGUACAUGAAGAUGGUGGAGGGUCGAAUGGAUAAAGUGGGACCGCUUCUUCGCUACGUCUUUGAUCAGCGCAAAUACAAAGAGCGGAUCGACUCGUGCAGAAGUACAGUUAAUAAAAUGGCCUUGCCGGAUACCAACUAUUACUCUGUUUUGGGGACUGAUAAAGUGUGUGAUGGUAGCCACGUCUCUCACAAACUUGUAAAGGUCGUACGAGUACGAGGAAAAGAUGAUUCCGAAUUGCCUUACAAUGCACUGGUAUCUUCCCACCUUGCAGAAUUAACGUUAUGCAAGUUGGCGGAGUUAAUGGUGCCGAAUGAUUUUAAUUUACUCAUAUUGGCUAUCAAGGACGAUCUCAUAUCAAAAGUCCUUGAAGAUCAUUCCUUGUUUGCAUUUUUAAGUGAGGCCUUUGUAAAUGCAAUAAUACCGAAACUCAGGGAGCUGAAACUAGAAAAAGAUGCUCCACCACACCGCUGUGCGUUGAGAGUGCGUCUACAUGAGCGCCCCUUCAAGCCCUGUCUUUUAGAGUGCCUGGAAAAUUUAAAAAAGAAAAUUAAUAUAGAGUGUCGGGUGCUGUACAAACCGGAGGCUGAAAACUUUCCGUUGGUGGACGGCUUUUUCUUUUUGGACUCAAAUCCGAAGACGCUGGUUGGACUGCAGAUGACUACGGCGAGUGAGCAUCACACCAUACCCAGCACUGUGAGGCAGUUCAAUGAGCGUAUGGCUAAAUAUUUUGAAGGUUGGGAGGAGUUUUCUGAGGGAUUGUCGUGGAAUAUUAUUUAUAUACAGCACGCAGACAGCACGCCGUUGAAUGACUGGCAGAGAUGUGAUGUUGUCAAUACCAAUAAUGUGAGCCGCGAUGAAGGCCGAGAGAUUGCGGUGUUCUGGGAGGAAGAGGUGCGCCUGUACCAAGUGUCAAUAUCGUCCAGAGACUUUGAAGAGAGGAAGCUCUCCGAAGUGUGCAAAAAAUAA